AUGAGAUCGUACUCGAGGUUUGCCAACCGGUACAGCAGGUGGGCCCGGUCAGUUUUGAAAGCGCCUGUCGAUGUCCUUGAGCGCUGUUACUACAGACGGCACGGCGGCUCCACGACCUCCAUCGGCAAGGGUCCCUUCUAUUCGGCCGCUCUCAUUAACGCCGCCCAUAUUAAGGACCACCAACAGAAUCUGAUUGAGAUGAUGCGUUGGACUAUUUUCAAAGAGUAG